GGACUUUACCAAGGAUAGAGUAAAAGAACAAUUAUAGAAGUUGAGCUCAUUCAUCUGAUCUCUUUUUCGUUCAGCUGCAGUGAAAGAAGUCCCGCUACGGCAAUAUCAUCAGAGUGACCAAUCUUCUCUCUCCUAUUCAAGCCCACCGAAGUCGCAAUGCAGUACUCGCCAAUCGUCUCAACCGACUGAUCAAUUUUCCAUUUGGACGCCUGAUUCACCGAGCUCAGGUAGUCUGGAGAAGCGCGAGGAUACCGAGCUUCGCGAGUUUGUUCAGUCCAGUCUGGCUGAAGUCGACCCCGGGACUGAGCAACGAAAACCACCUUACUCUUAUGCUCAACUGAUUAUUCAGGCAAUUGCUUCCUCACCCAAGCAAAGAUUGACGCUGUCUGGAAUAUAUGCGUACAUAGGCACUAAGUUCCCGUAUUACAAACUGGAUGAGAAAGGCUGGCAGAAUUCUAUUCGGCACAAUUUAUCGUUGAACCGAUACUUCAUUCGCGUACCUCGUUCUGGCACUGAAAGAGGGAAAGGUGCAUUUUGGCAACUGGACCCCGUUUGUGGUCCUCGGCUCAUCAACCAAGCGUUCAAGCAGAGACGUCAAUUUGAGGGGACAUUCGGCAUCCGCCAACCACGACCAACCACUGAAAAUGACUCGAAUGCAGUGCCAUCCUCCCAUCAACUUCUGAACGUAAGAUCCAAGGUGUCUAACAAAAAUGACCAAGAGCUUGUGCACAAUAUAGCCGAGGAAGGAUGUCAUCAGACCGGGACUCAGCCCGAUGACAAGACUAGCGAUCCGGUAUUCCAAAAUCGUAUCCCCUUACCAUGUGAUUUUGGCCCAUCCCGGUCGUUUGAAGCAAGUCGGUUGUAUUCCGAUGUGUUGCAGCAGUUAUCCACGUUCAGUUCGCGUCCUGAGAUAUCACAAUGGCUUGGGCAACCUGGCAGUAUCCCAGCCCUCGUGCCUCCUUUGUAUGGCAUGGUAGAUAGAUACCAAAAGGGUGCUACAGAUGAACGAUUUUCCAGAGGAUCCCCAUCAACCGAUGUACUUAUGCCGUUGGCUUCAACGUUACUCACUCAAUGUUUGACAAAUCCCCAUUAUCCCCAGCAGCGGGGAGGUCCGAAUCACGGAGAAAUGAACCUUUCGAAUUCAAGCAGAAAGUUUAGUUAUCCACUAGAUACCAUGAGGUCUACGUUCCCUGCAGAUCAGUUCACCAGUCUGCCAGUUUCGCCGUCCAUUAUGAACACGAAUCCUGCUCUGCUGAGUAUGUUGCUGGCCCACCCAAUCUCUGCUCGGGACAGUCUAUAUUCGAUCGACGCCAACGCGAAGUCCAACGGAGGGUCACACAGUAACCAGGCAAUUCCAAACAUGUCAGCUAUGGCGGGCAUUUCAUACGAAUUCCCGGAGGAUCGACCUGUGGCUGUCAAAUACCGCCGUUUGUCCCUGCCUUCGCCAACACCCGGAUGCAGUGAAGUCGGGCUGCGCGAACGAUUUAACGUAUUGUUCAGAUAGUGACUCCAAGAUUUUCCUUUUCUCUGCACCCGUGUGGACCACUUUGCACACUCACUAAGUCUACGAUGUCAGGUUGACUGUAUCGCACAAAUAUACACGUUUUAUAAACAAAAAAUGACUGAUUUACAGAGAUACAAAAUCGAGAUAGAUGCUUGAAUACUAAAACAGUCUGUCAAAGGAUAAGAGCUCAAAGGUCAAGUUCAAGCCGUUUGGCGGCAAAGUUUCCGGGUCCGACCAAUGUGACGGUGCGCGGAGCACCACCGGAGGCGGGGGUGACAGCAAGUGUGCCUGACACCGGCCCAACAUAUGAGACUGUCGCACCACUGCCUGGUCGUUUGAGUCCCAUGGUAAGGUUGGCCAUUGACGCUCUCCGUUCUGCUGAGCUUAUCAUAACAUUGACGUCCUGCAGAUCUUUACCUGUGCUUCGACCGACGGUGAAAACCACACGUUUAGGGGAGAGGUUGACUUGAUGUUUGACGGGACUAAUGAAUACGUUCCGAUUGCUGGCAAGUCUUCU